AUCUGUCUGUUUUACGUCACGGCCCGUCAGACGGGGAAUCCGGCGCGCUGCUCUGUCACGGCCUGGACGACAUGACGUCCCGCGGACUGCGGCCCGGCCGGACCCGGGAGACGGCCAGCGGCGGCCGGGACGCGCCCAAGUACCUGCCGCCCCGCUGGCCUUCCGAAUGUCAGGUGGUCUGCGAGGCGUUCCGCCACCUCAGCGAGAGCCCCUCGGAGCGCGAGCAGUACUACGUGGCCAAGGGCGACGAGCCGACGCCGCCGCCGGUCGGCCACGAGCUCGGCAGGGUGGUGUUCCAGUACAGACCCGACGAGACCAGUCGUGCCUUCAGCAGAUCGUGUCCGGAGCGCCUGCUAGACCCGUCGGCCGCCGAGGACGACCCCUCCUCGCCGGCCGACGAGCCCGACAGCGUGCUCCAGUUCGAGUCGCGCUUCGAGUCCGGAAACCUGCAGGAGGCCGUCCACGUCUCCGGCAACUACUACGAGCUGCGCAUGCGCAAUGACCUCUACACGGAGCGGCACACGCAGUGGUUCUACUUCCGCAUACGCAACACGCGCGCCGGCGAACUCUAUAGGUUUUCGGUGACGAACUUCUCGCGCUGUUGGACGCUCUACACCUCCGGUCAGCAGCCACUGAUGUACUCGGUGGCGGCCGCUCAACGAACUGGCACCGGGUGGCGCAGGGUGGGCGACCAGCUGGCCUACUACCCGUGCCAGAUCACCAGGAGUGUGGACGGUCAGGAGACGACCGAGCAGUCGUACGUGUUGUCGUUCACGCUGGAGUUUCCGUACGACAACGACACGGUGUUUCUGGCCAGCGGGCUGCCGUACACCUUCUCGGCGCUGCAGGACCACCUCCGGCAGAUGCAGUCGGACCCGUACAUCUCCAGUAUCUGCCACCAGCGCGUGUUGUGCCGCUCGCUGGCCGGAAACCCCGUCUUCCUGCUCACCAUCACAUCACCCGACCCGCCGGCCACAAAGAGUCGGAGGGCGGUGGUGCUGACAGCCAGAAUCCACCCCGCCGAGACGCAGGCCUCCUGGAUGAUGCGCGGCAUCCUCAGCUUCCUCACGUCCAGGAACAGAGUGGCAGAGCUGCUGCGCCAGCGGUUCGUGUUCAAGAUCGUGCCGAUGCUGAACCCCGACGGCGUGAUCGUGGGCAACUCGCGCUGCUCACUGGCCGGCCGCGACAUGAACCGCCAGUUCAAACACACCCACCGCGACCUGUACCCGGCCGUCUGGCACGUCAAGCUGCUCGUCAGGAGGCUGAUGGAGGAGGCCGGUGUGACCGUGUACUGUGACUUCCACGGCCACUCGCGGCGCCAGAACGCCUUCAUCUACGGCUGCGAGAACCGGCGCAACUCGAGUCGCUACCUCACCGAAAAGGUGUUCCCAUUCCUGCUCGACCGGGUCGCCAAAAACCUGUUCGACUUUGACAGCUGCCAGUUCAGCGUGCACAAGUCGAAGGAGGGCACCGGCCGGGUGGUGAUGUGGUCAAUGGGCAUCACCAACGCCUACACGCUGGAGGCCAGCUCUGCGGGCUCGAGUCUGCGCGCGCGCGCCGGCACCCACUACCGCGCGCACGACUACGAGCUUAUCGGACAGCGCUUCUGCGAGACGCUGCUCGACUACGUGGAUACCUCACCGGUUAAGACGCGGCGUGUGUCACGUGCCAGGAGCGUGUCCGUGAGCGAGUGAUGGACACGCUGCGGGAGCAGUAUGGGUACACGGACCCGGCCGACGGCAGCGACUCGUCCAGUGCGGAGGAUUCGGACGAGGCGGGCUCCAGCUCCAAGACGAGGAAAGCCAGCAAGAAGUGGCGCAGCAAGAAGUUCCAGUCGCUGCUCUCAUGGAAGAAGCGUGAGAAGCCGCAGCAGACGCUGACCAAGAUCACGCUGCGCCCGCCGAGCGAGCGGAGUCUGGUCGGCGGGGACCGGGGCGGCUGCUCCCCGCCGGCGCCGCGGCUCGUGCUCCAGGUGCGGGAGGCGUGCUCGGCCGCCGGCCGGCCGGUCCAGACGCCGUCCGGGCCGGCGGCCCGCAGUCCCGUGUCGGCCCGGGCCGCCAGUCUGACCCCGCUGUCCGUCUCCCCCGCCGUGUCACCGACCGUCCGGCCGACUCCGUCCGGCGGGCGGCCCGGCUCGGUGCGGCUGGGACAGGGCGCCGCCGCCGCCGCCCCGGCCUCGCCCGGCAGGUCGCCGCUGCUGGCGCCGCCACCGCCGCCCUGCCGGCCCCGCUCUCUCAGCCUGCAGCCCGACAGCGCGCACAGGUGUCCGUCGGGCGGUUCCCGCCUGGCCCCCGGCCCGCAGCGCCUCUCCCUGCGGCUGUGCGUGUCGCCGUCCCAGCGCCCGCCGCCGCCCGGCCGCGGUCAGCUGCCCAACUCGUCCCUGCGGCUCAGCCAGCCGGCCGGCCGCGCGCUCAGAGCUCCCGACGUCACUGAGCCGCCCGACGUCAGCGCGCCCGCCGACAGUGACGUCACCGAGUGUGACGCCACCAGCCGGGAGGCGGCCGCGCUGCGGGGACUGAAACUGAGCGAGGACCUCCCUAAACAGAGCGGUGUCGGGGGCACCGUGAA